CCAACUGCUUGUCACGCUGACCUGCACCAUCUCUCACUGUCUGUGGGGUUUCUGUCAACUAGUAUCGGAGGGGAACAAACUUUUGGAGAAUAACGUUUUAUUGUGGUCAUGCCAGAACCCACUAAGAAAGAGGAAAAUGAAGUGCCUGCCCCAGCCCCAGCUCCAGCCCCAGCCCCACCCCCAGAACCAAAUAAAGAGAAAGAGGCCGGAACUACACCAACAAAAGAUGAAGAGGAAGCCUCCACGCCUAGUGCCCUGCCUCCAGGUGUGGGUAGUCGGGCCCUGGAAAGAAAAGAUUCAGAAUGGUCUCUUGGCGAAUCGCCUGCUGCGGAGGAACAAGACAAGCAGAACGCCAAUUCCCAGCUGUCCACCCUCUUUGUGGAGAAGCCUCAAACAGGAUCAGUGAAAGUUGGUGAAAAUAUCACCUUUAUAGCCAAAGUCAAGGCUGAAGACCUUCUUAGAAAACCCACCAUCAAAUGGUUCAAAGGGAAAUGGAUGGAUCUGGCCAGCAAAGCUGGGAAGCACCUUCAGCUGAAGGAAACCUUCGAAAGGCAAACCCGGAUGUACACAUUUGAGAUGCAGAUCAUUAAGGCCAAAGAGAACUAUGCAGGAAACUACAGGUGCGAGGUCACCUAUAAGGAUAAGUUUGACAGCUGCACAUUCGAUCUUGAAGUACAUGAAUCUACUGGGACUACUCCAAACAUUGACAUCAGAUCUGCUUUCAAGAGAAGUGGAGAAGGUCAAGAGGAUGCAGGGGAGCUUGACUUUAGUGGUCUCCUGAAACGUAGGGAGGUGAAGCCUCAGGAGGAAGAACCCGAGGUAGACGUGUGGGAGCUGCUGAAGAAUGCGAACCCCAACGAGUAUGAGAAGAUCGCCUUCCAGUACGGCAUCACCGACCUGCGCGGCAUGCUCAGGCGGCUCAAGCGCAUGCGCAGAGUGGAGAAGAAGAGCGCAGCUUUUGCAAAAAUUCUUGACCCUGCAUAUCAGGUUGAUAAAGGAGGCAGAGUAAGGUUUGUUGUGGAACUGGCAGACCCAAAGUUGGAGGUGAAAUGGUAUAAAAAUGGUCAAGAGAUUCGACCCAGUACAAAAUACAUCUUUGAACAUAAAGGAUGUGAAAGAAUCAUGUUUAUCAAUAACUGUGCGCUAACGGAUGAUUCAGAGUAUUAUGUGACAGCUGGUGAUGAGAAAUGUUCCACCGAGCUGUUUGUGCGAGAGCCUCCAAUUAUGGUAACCAAACAGCUGGAAGAUAUGAAUGCCUACUGCGGGGAAAGAGUGGAAUUAGAAUGUGAGGUGUCGGAAGAUGAUGCUAAUGUGAAAUGGUUUAAGAAUGGUGAGGAGAUUAUUCCUGGUCCAAAAUCAAGAUAUCGAAUUAAAGUUGAGGGCAAAAAACAUAUUUUGAUCAUAGAGGGAGCAACGAAGGCUGACAGUGCAGAAUAUUCUGUAAUGACAACGGGAGGACAAUCAUCUGCUAAACUUAGUGUUGACUUGAAACCUCUGAAGAUUUUGACACCUCUGACUGAUCAAACUGUAAACCUUGGAAAAGAAAUCUGCUUGAAGUGUGAAAUCUCUGAAAACAUAUCAGGAAAAUGGACUAAAAAUGGCCUACCUGUUCAAGAAAGUGACCGUCUGAAGGUCAUUCACAAAGGAAGAAUCCACAAGUUAGUGAUAGCCAAUGCUCUUACUGAGGAUGAAGGUGAUUAUGUAUUUGCACCAGAUGCCUACUCUGUUACUUUGCCUGCCAAAGUUCAUGUUGUCGAUCCUCCUAAGAUCAUCCUGGAUGGUCUUGAUGCUGACAAUACAGUGACAGUAAUAGCAGGAAGCAAGCUUCGUCUUGAAAUUCCUGUCACCGGAGAACCACCUCCCAAAGCCCUUUGGAGCCGAGCAGAUAAGGCUAUUAUGGAGGGCAGUGGCCGGAUAAGAGCAGAAUCUUACCCUGACAGCAGCACUCUGGUUAUUGACGUCGCUGAAAGAGAUGACUCUGGUGUUUACCACAUAAAUCUGAAAAAUGAAGCUGGGGAAGCACAUGCAAGCAUCAAGAUUAAAGUUGUGGACAUCCCUGAUCCUCCAGUGGCACCAAAUGUGACAGAUGUGGGAGAUGAUUGGUGCAUCAUGAACUGGGAGCCUCCUGUCUAUGAUGGAGGGUCCCCAAUCUUAGGAUACUUUAUUGAGAGGAAAAAGAAACAAAGCUCCAGAUGGAUGAGGCUAAAUUUUGAUCUCUGCAAAGAAACAACUUUUGAGCCCAAGAAGAUGAUUGAAGGUGUAGCUUAUGAGGUCCGCAUCUUUGCAGUCAAUGCCGUUGGUAUCUCCAAGCCCAGUAUGCCCUCCAAGCCUUUUGUUCCUUUGGCUGUAACCAGCCCUCCUACACUUCUGGCCGUUGACUCCGUAACUGACACCACUGUCACAAUGAAGUGGAGGCCCCCGGACCAGAUUGGUGCAGCAGGUUUAGAUGGCUAUGUGCUAGAGUAUUGCUUUGAAGGAAGUACAUCAGCAAAACAGUCUGAUGAAAAUGGGGAGGCUGCAUAUGACCUACCAGCCGAGGAUUGGAUAGUUGCAAACACAGAUCUGAUCGAUAAGACCAAGUUCACCAUCACAGGUCUGCCUACAGAUGCAAAGAUCUUUGUUCGCGUGAAGGCGGUGAACGCCGCAGGCGCCAGCGAGCCCAAAUACUACUCCCAGCCCAUCCUGGUGAAGGAAAUCAUAGAGCCUCCGAAGAUUCGCAUCCCAAGGCACCUGAAGCAAACCUAUAUCCGCAGAGUUGGAGAAGCUGUCAAUCUGGUUAUACCUUUCCAGGGAAAACCAAGACCAGAAUUAACUUGGAAGAAAGAUGGUGCAGAAAUUGAUAAGAAUCAAAUAAACAUUCGCAACUCUGAGACUGAUACAAUCAUAUUUAUCAGAAAAGCAGAAAGGAGCCACUCUGGGAAAUAUGAUCUGCAAGUCAAAGUGGAAAAAUUCGUGGAAACGGCUUCAAUCGAUAUCCAGAUCGUUGACCGUCCAGGUCCACCUCAACUGGUGAAGAUUGAGGAUGUCUGGGGAGAGAAUGUUGCUCUAUCAUGGAUACCACCAAAGGAUGAUGGAAAUGCAGCCAUCACAGGGUACACGAUCCAGAAAGCUGAUAAGAAGAGCAUGGAAUGGUUCACUGUCAUUGAGCAUUAUCACCGAACCAAUGCUACCAUUACUGAACUGGUCAUAGGAAAUGAAUAUUAUUUCCGGGUCUUUGCUGAGAACAUGUGUGGCCUCAGCGAGGAUGCAACAAUGACUAAGGAAAGUGCUGUGAUCGCCAAGGAUGGUAAAAUCUACAAAAAUCCAGUGUAUGAAGAUUUUGAUUUCACGGAGGCACCCAUGUUUACUCAGCCUUUGGUUAACACCUAUGCUGUGGCUGGUUACAAUGCCACCCUGAACUGCAGUGUGAGAGGAAAUCCUAAGCCCAAAAUAACCUGGAUGAAAAACAAAGUUGCUAUUGUGGAUGACCCAAGAUACAGGAUGUUCAGCAACCAAGGGGUCUGUACUCUGGAGAUUCGCAAGCCUAGCCCCUAUGAUGGAGGCACUUACUGCUGCAAAGCUGUCAAUGACCUUGGGACAGUGGAGAUCGAAUGCAAACUGGAGGUGAAAGGUGGUCUUUCCUUCUGCAGGCUUCUCUUGCAAGGCGUACCUCCUAACAUAAUUGAUUCAUAUUUGCGAGACUUGCAAUCAAGCAACCCUGAGGAAUACUAAGGGCCUGGGCCCUGCCUCCCUACACUCCACUGCUUUGAAAUCUGAUUGCAAUGAGAAAGCAUUUUCUGUUUUCCACCAGCACCCAAGUGUGGUUGUUUUCUUUCCUCCUGAUGUUAAAGAAAAAAAAAUGUUUGCACGGGAUUGCUUAAUUAAAAAUUGCAUACAAAAUUUCAUUUGAAGUCAACAUUUUGCUCAUGAUUGUCUGUGCUUGGUCACUGUACUUUACAAAAAAAGCAAGCUAGAAAAUUAGCAAAAGCUGUUGUUUCAGUUUAAAAUAGUAAGCUGUAAAUGCUUUCUUUUUUCCAGAAUAAAAUGACAUAGUACCAUAUACCACGGUCAGAUCUUGAAAACCCAUCUUUCUCUUGAAGUCACUCUUUUCUUGAUCUAACAGAUUUUUCUAAGCAAAACAGCGUUGUUUAUUUCACACAAUCCUGCUUAACACCAGUGGAUCUGUAUGCUUUUUCCCAUUUGUAUUCCCUAUAAGACGACUUCAUAAAGUCUCUCAGACACAGUUUUCUCAACAGAAGGGAAAUUGUAUUCAAUAAAUGGUACAAUAAGUUUGAAGCACUUA